GAUUUCGUUAACAGUCCCCAUGUUAUUGCAAUGGUUGGAUUGCCAGCGCGUGGCAAAACGUACAUUUCCAAGAAACUGUCACGUUACCUGAACUGGAUAGGAAUAAAAACAAGAGUUUUUAAUUUGGGAGAAUACCGUAGACAUGCUACUACGGCAUACAAGAGUCAUGAUUUUUUUCGAGCUGAUAAUAUGGCAGCUAUGAAGAUAAGAACACAAUGCGCUGUCGAGGCUCUUAACGACGUUAUCAGAUGGUUAGAAAAUGGUGGAGAAGUAGCUGUCUUUGAUGCCACUAAUUCCACCCUAGACCGUAGGAAAAUGAUCUAUGAAGUUAUCGUUGAAAAAAUGGGCUAUAAGCUUUUCUUCGUCGAAUCGAUUUGCGACGAUCCAAAAAUCAUCGAACAAAACAUCAAAGAAGUCAAAAUCAGUAGUCCGGAUUAUGCUAACAUGAACGAGGACUCAGUGUUGACCGACUUUUUAAAACGGAUAGAACACUACCAAGAAAGAUAUCAACCUUUAGACGAAGAACGUGAAAAUAAAAUUGCCUUCAUGAAAAUUUAUAACACGGGUCAGAAGGUCGUCGUUCACAAGCACGAGGGACAUGUGGAAGCUAGAAUAGUUUAUUAUCUUAUGAACAUACAUAUAACUCCUAGGACAAUCUACCUUACUAGACAUGGUGAAAGUGAACAGAAUUUAAUGUAUCGUAUCGGAGGCGAUUCAAAUUUGAGCAGUCGGGGAGCACUUUAUGCAAAAGCGUUAUCCAGUUAUAUUAAAGAACAAAAAAUUGAAGGUCUUCGAGUGUGGACAUCUUGGCUGAAACGGGCGAUACAAACAGUUGCAGAUAUACCAGCUCCACAGGAAAGAUGGAAAGCACUCAAUGAAAUUGAUGCAGGAAUUUGCGAAGAGAUGACAUAUGAAGAGAUUCGUGAAAAAUUCCCCGAGGACUUUUCUGCACGUGAUCAGAACAAAUUCGCAUACAGAUACCCAAGAGGGGAAAGCUAUGAAGAUUUGGUGGCGAGAUUAGAACCGGUCAUAAUGGAAUUGGAAAGACAAGGAAAUGUGCUUGUUGUGUCACAUCAGGCGGUCAUUCGUUGUUUAUUGGCGUAUUUCCUUGACAAAUCGGCAGAUGAAUUACCUUAUUUAAGAGUACCCUUGCACACUGUCAUCAAGCUAACGCCUGUUGCUUAUGGUUGUCACGUCGAGCAUAUAAAAUUGCCAAUUGAAGCUGUCGAUACUCAUCGUCCAAAACCUAUGGUUCCUGGUGAAUUGGAGGAAAAGUUCAGAAAAAAGCAUUGAAUGUAAGGACACAUAUUUAUUUUGAGAACGACUG